AUAUGCACAGCCUGACAAAAUCGCCAUAUGUCCUUCCUCGGACACCGUAACCGUAGUGUGUUAUUUUUUGACAUGUGUUGUAAACGAUUAAUCAGUAGUGACACUUUAUUUUUAUUUCAGAAACCAGCAACACACCACUUAAAGGAACUAUACUAAUUUACAGUAGGCAAAUAUGUUGAUCUUGCACUUUCUGGCUAACUAGCUAGCAUUGCGGUUUUCAGUAGUAGAUUGUUAGCGCGUUUUAAGAGCGCAACACACUGACGCUAACGUUAGCUAGCUACGGUAGCUAAGUUACAGUUCACUAGCUAGCUUUCCAGUUUGUUUGUGUUACGUGUAGGUGGUUGUCAUCGACCUUCCAGCAAGUUUGAAGCCAUGAGUGACAGCGACGACGAUGUCCCUCAGCUGUCCGCGGCCACUCUGGCUGCCCUGCAUGAGUUUUACACAGAGGAGAGGGACGGGCUGGUGCAGAGCACAGCACCGGUGGACAAGUACUCGGUGGGGGCGGUGGAAGAGGACUGGGUAUGUUGACCGUGAUGCUAGAUAUUGCUGAUAAACUUCUCAGCUGGCCCACUGGCUAUUCCCCUCUUAUCACUCCCCUCUAUAGCAACAUUAUGGCUGUAUUUACAUUGCUUGACAUAUCUGUCCACCAGCGUAUGAGCCAAUUCUGGUACAGCGAUGAGACAGCAACCAGGCUAGUUGAAGAGGUAAUUCAGGAAGCUGGGAAAGGUGGCAGGUGAGGGGAUUAUGUACUAUGCAUUUACACAGUCUGCCGGGGGGGUGUGUGUUGAGUAUUUCACUACAGACUGCCCUUCUAAAGCUUACUAACAUUGUGAUGUUGUUACUUACUAGGAUAGCCUGUCUGAGCGCACCCAGUGUGUACCAGAAGCUGAAGCAGGGCGUGGUGGAGGGCUCUGACGGUGUGUCGGCUGUGGUUCUUGAGUACGACCGCCGUUUUGACACCUACGGCCAAGAGUUCAUCUUCUAUGACUACAACGAGCCCCUAGCUCUCCCAGAGGACCUGGCCCAACAGAGUUUUGAUAUUGUCCUAGCUGACCCCCCCUACCUGUCUGAGGAGUGCCUCACCAAGGUCGCCCAGACUGUCAAGUACCUGGCCAAGGGCAAGGUGCUGCUCUGCACAGGUGAGCCUCAUGUAGCUGUGUCUGUCCUCGGGCUUGUGCCCUUCUCCAUACCUCACACAACACUCAAUACGCGCAUUCUUCUUACACAUACCAGAAUGACAUGCCACUCUCUGCAGCUUUGUUUUAUCUACCACUCUCCUUCAGGAGCCAUCAUGGAGGAGCAUGCAGAGAAGCUGAUGGGUCUGAAGAUAUGCAGCUUCCUGCCCAAACACAACAAAAACCUGGCCAACGAGUUCCGCUGUUUCACUAACUACCCUUCAAACCUCCUGUCCUGAGGCUCUACAACCCUUCAUGUAUGGCCUUAUUGACUUUUGAUGUCUGACAUCCAUCAAUGCCCCAGUUCUGACUUGACUGAUGAUAUCUGUGACAGUUGCAAGGAAGACUAAUCUUGUUGGGCAAUUUUCAUUGCCUGUCAGACAUCCAAGGUUUCAUUUUGGGGACCAUGGUAUCAAGACCCUGUGGGUUGUUUUUAAUAUGAUUUCUUAUCCCAUAACAUAAUUGUGAAGUAAGUGAAUAACGGUAUUCAUGUUUGACUUCAGUGUAAAUAAUAUUUCAUAUACACACAGAAAAUAAAGAUGUC